GCUGGGGUACCCUUACCAAAGGAGUACAUGGAAGAGAAUCUUCAGCUGUUGGCAAAAGGCUGUAGUAACCUAAACAAGCAAAUCCAAAAUGCACGGAUGUUUGGUGUCCCAGUAGUAGUGGCUGUCAAUGCUUUCAAAACAGAUACAAAGGCUGAGCUGGCCCUUGUAGUACAACUGGCAAAGGAAGCGGGAGCCUUCGAUGCUGUGGAGUGCACUCACUGGGCAGAGGGGGGUAAAGGAGCGGUUGCACUGGCCCAAGCUGUUCAGAGAGCAUCGCAGACACCCAGCAACUUCAGGUUCCUCUAUAAUGUGGAGCUCCCUGUUAUAGAUAAGAUCAGACUUAUUGCACAGCAGAUCUACGGGGCAAGUGACGUUGAGCUACUUCCAGAAGCACAGGAGAAAGUCACCUUGUACACUAAGCAAGGAUUUGGAAACCUGCCAAUCUGCAUGGCUAAAACUCACUUAUCGUUGUCUCAUGACCCUGAACAAAAAGGAGCACCUACAGGUUUUAUUCUGCCAAUCCGAGACAUUCGGGCCAGUGUUGGUGCUGGAUUCCUGUAUCCACUCAUAGGAACGAUGAGCACUAUGCCAGGACUUCCUACAAGACCCUGUUUCUAUGAUAUAGACUUGGACCCAGUGUCAGGACGAGUAAAUGGGCUCUUCUGAAAGGAAUUACUAACCGAAGCUCCCAGAAGAACACCUGAUGAGUCAUGUAAAUGGAACUGUGCCCUGAUUUUUUUUUUUUUUUUUUUAAGUCAAAACAAGACAUGACUGAGAACAUAGUGCGAGAAGUGACUGGAAGGAGAAGUGCUAAAGAAUCAAUCACUCACUUUUGAUCUGUAAUAAUUUUUAAGCUGCUGUAUUCCAAGCUAGUUGACACUGAGCAUAUAAAGCAUACUUCCUCUACAAACCUCCUGCUUCAUAACUGUAUCUGAAGCAGAAUACAGAAGCUUGGGUUUAGUGACCUCUUUUGAUUCAGUGAUAUGACUUAAAUAAUUAAAGAUCCUAAAGCUGGAGCUGUUUGAAACAGUCUUGGGACUUAAUUGUCUUAACCAUAGAGUUUUUAUAGUAUACGUUAUCUUUGAGAGUCUUGUACACUGGAUAUUCCUAUUUGCCAUACUGAAUUCUAUAUUCCACUU